UAAAAAAAAAAAAAGGGAAAGGUUGUAAUAUUCUGUGGAAGACAGGUUCCAACUGCUACAACCUCUUCUUUUGCCAACUGUUUAGUUCCCACUUCGGAACAACCGUUCUGUUUUCUUCUUCUUCUUCUUCUUGGUUGUUUCAUUUCCUUCUUCUUAAGCUUAUAGCUGGCAGUUUUCUUAAGUUAAGAUUGUCUUAAAGAGAUUAAGCAUACAAGACAACAAGUUUGUUAGCCUAGCCGCCUGCAGAAUAUGCUGUUGAAGAUUUAUAUGAAAUUGUUUUAAAUUGACAAGCUUGUUAAAUUGUGUGAUGGUAAUUGUACCAACGUGAGAAGGAGCUGUAUGAUGGCCACAGCUGCUGUGAUUGGACUUAGCACUGGAAAGAGACUCUUGAGUUCUUCCUUUUCUUAUUCUGAUAUCAUAGAGAAGCUCUCUUAUGCCAAUGAUUAUGGAUCUUCACAUCAUCAAACUUCUUCCACAAAAAGUUUAAUAGUUGCAAAAAAAACAUCUAACUGUAACCAAAGCCUUCCAUCAUCCAAUCGGCGUACGCAGUCAAUUAAAGCUCUCAAAGAGCAUGUGGAUACUGCCUCCAUUGUUUCAACUGCAGAGCCUUUGUUUCAAGGAACCAAUGACUUAGAAGAAGAAAGCUAUAACCUUGACUGCUCUGUGGAGGCUCUUCUUUUGCUGCAGAAGUCGUUGCUGGAAAAGCAAUGGACUCUUACUUUUGAGAGGACAGUGUUCACUGAAUCACCUAGUAGAAAAAUUCAGAAGAAGAUACCUGUUACUUGUUCUGGGGUGUCUGCUCGGCAACGGAGAUUCAAUACAAAGAGGAAAAUUCUGAGCCAAAAUAAAUCAAUCAUACAACCAAACGCUAAGCAGCUAAGAUCUUUGAUCAGUCCAGAGCUGCUUCAAAGUCGUUUGAAGGGUUAUGUGAAGGGUGUAGUAAGUGAAGAGUUGCUCAGCCAUGCAGAAGUUGUGCGCUUGUCAAAGAAAAUCAAAGCUGGACUUUCCUUAGAGGAGCACAGGUUAAGACUGAAGGAGAGACUGGGAUGUGAGCCUUCUGAUGAACAGCUUGCAACUUCCUUGAAGUUUUCGCGUGCUGAGUUACGGUCAAAGUUAAUUGAAUGUUCUUUGGCAAGAGAAAAAUUGGCAAUGAGCAAUGUUCGUUUGGUUAUGUCGAUAGCUCAAAGAUAUGAUAACAUGGGCGCUGAAAUGUCCGAUCUUAUUCAGGGUGGUUUGAUUGGAUUGUUGCGUGGCAUUGAAAAAUUUGAUUCUUCAAAGGGAUAUAAGAUUUCAACUUAUGUGUACUGGUGGAUACGUCAGGGUGUUUCUAGAGCAUUAGUUGAGAACAUAAGAACAUUAAGGUUGCCAACGCAUUUGCAUGAACGACUGGGAUUAAUCCGAAAUGCAAAAAUCAGACUGGAAGAGAAAGGAAUUACACCAACUAUUGAUAGGAUUGCCGAGAGCCUGAACAUGUCUCAGAAGAAAGUUAGGAAUGCUACAGAGGCAGUCAGUAAGGUCUUCUCACUUGACAGGGAUGCAUUCCCCUCUUUGAAUGGUCUUCCUGGAGAGACUCAUCAUAGUUACAUUGCAGAUAACCAUGUAGAAAACAUUCCAUGGCAUGGAGUCGAUGAGUGGGCACUCAAGGAUGAAGUGAACAGACUCAUUACUAUAACGCUUGGAGAACGAGAAAGAGAGAUUAUACGCCUUUAUUACGGUCUAGAUAAGGGAAGUCUUACAUGGGAGGACAUUAGUAAACGCAUAGGUUUGUCCAGAGAGAGAGUCAGGCAAGUUGGACUUGUCGCGCUGGAGAAACUAAAACACGCAGCGAGGAAGAAGAAAAUGGAGGCUAUGCUAGUAAAACAUUGAUUUUGUAUGCUUCAACAUACACAUGGUAAAAAGACUGUAUAUAGAUACAGAAAGGAAAAUUGUAUCUUCGAUUUAUUUUUCCUAUCCAGAGUAACUAUAGUUCGACAAACUUCCUGUAACACGAGUUCAUCAAACUGAUUUCCUGUACGUUGGAGCGAAGAAAAUUCUUUUUUAUGUAUUAUAUUUAUGGAGACAAUAACUGGUUGUGCGUCAAAA